AUGGGAGACUGGAGUUUCCUGGGAGGGAUUUUAGAAGAAGUGCAUAUUCACUCCACCACCAUUGGCAAGAUCUGGCUAACCAUCCUCUUCAUAUUCCGGAUGCUGGUUCUCGGUGUGGCCGCCGAAGACGUCUGGAACGAUGAGCAAUCUGAAUUCAUCUGCAACACCCAGCAACCUGGGUGCCGAAACGUCUGUUACGAUCAGGCCUUCCCCAUCUCUCUGAUCAGGUACUGGGUUUUGCAAGUGAUCUCCGUCUCCUCCCCUUCCUUGGCCUAUAUGGGCCAUGCCUUAUACAGACUAAGAGCAUUAGAAAAGGAACGGCAAAGGAAGAAAGCGCAGGUGAGGGUCGAGCUUGAGCGAGCCGAAUUCGAAAUGGCCGAAGCCCGGAAAAAACUCGAGAAGGAACUCCGGCAGCUGGAGCAGAGGAAACUCAACAAGGCGCCCCUCCGAGGCUCGCUGCUCUGCACUUACGUGAUGCACAUUUUUAUGAGAUCCGUCCUCGAAACCGGGUUUAUGCUCGGCCAGUAUUUUCUGUACGGCUUCCAGCUCGACCCUCUUUACAAGUGCCAAAGGGCCCCCUGCCCUGAGACCGUCGACUGCUUCGUCUCCAGGCCCACGGAGAAGACCGUCUUCAUGGUUUUCAUGCAAUCCAUCGCCGCCGUCUCCUUGGGCCUCAACGCCCUCGAGCUGGCCCACCUGGCCUUCAGGAAGGCCCGGAAAGGAACCUGCGGGCAACACGCGAGGAGAGGCGACAGGGAGGAGAGGGAGGCCUGUGCCGGCGACGACGUCAAGAAAAGCGGCGUCGAGGGCCCGCUGUGGGCCAGAGCGAGCGAGGCGCCGCCGAGGCCCCUUCCCGAGGCUCCCAGCUGGCUCCUGGGGAGCCAAACGGAACUUAAGCCUUUAGAGGGGGCCCCGCCGCCGCCUCACAACAACAGCAGCAGUAGCAGCAGCAGCUCCAACAACAACGAAGCCGGCUCGAGAGCGCCCCUGAAGCGCCAGCCCGGCCCAGCGGGCCACGCCGCCCCCGACCUCUACAUCUGA